AAUGUAUUAAUGUUUCAAUGUCCUACUCUUAACAGUUACACUAUUGAGUUUAUAUCUCUUGUGGCAAGAUAUAUAAGUAUACUAUCAAUUACUUGACUUUCUACUUAAAACUGCGAUUAACUAAUGUAGAAUGUACUUUAUGCCGCGGCCGUCUUGCGCCUUGUCGUAUAAAAUAGAAACACGCCUUAAACGUAGAUAAAACGGCCAGUGAUGCCAUACUUGGGAGAGGCAAUACUGAAAACGGCGCACGGCGCUCGAGUGCUUGUAAGCAAGACGUUCUGUACGACGCAUACGGCACAUGUGCUUGAAUUGAUCGAAGGGCUAUUAUAUCUAGGAGAAGUGAGAAAACACGAAAAAUUUUCAAAAAAUAUAGAGGAAAGGAGAAACCACACACACACACACACACACACACAAAUCUUCGGCGUAUAGUGUUCAUUAUCGAGCCUGAAAAGUUUACGUUCGCGUGUGCUGUGUUUAUAAGCCGCCACGGGCGGAUCGAAUUUACGAAGCGGAGGAUACAAUAGCUGCUUAUAAGAAUAUAAUAUAUAUGUGAAAUAAGCGUAUCAAGAGUGCAUCAGAAAGUGUGACUAUUAGAAGAGAUUUACUAUACGAUGUCGCAUUUUGUAUAACAGAUCUGGAUUAAAUAUUAUAAAAAUGAAAAAUUUUCUAUUGGAAGCUGGCCAGUCGCUCUACUAUAAGCCUCUUCAUAUGGUAUCGAGAAGGCAACAAAGAUUAAGAUUAGCUCGCCGAAAACAAAUAAUAAAAAAAACAAAAUCACUUUUGAUAGAGAAUGAUUGUUGCAAACAUCUAUGCUAAAAAUGAAGUUCAACAUUUUAAUGACUGCAACGUAAAUCAUCUUGUACAAGACACUCAGUUUAAUUCAAUUGUGCAACUUUCUACAAAUGAACAAUCUUCUGAUUUAUAUACAGACAAUAUAGAUGAGGUUAAAGUUAGAAAUACUUGUAAUACGGUAAUGUUUCAGAAAAAUUUAGCAGCUGUUCUAGUCGACGCAAAUCAUGUUCUCGGCAAUCGUAUUUUAAAACUUCUAAGAACUCAUAAUUGCUUUACAUUUUUACCUGCAGAUAUUAGAUCAUUACUUUUGACGCCACGGCAUUCUUCAAUUUUAUAUAAAGUUGAGCCAGGAGAAUAUUUACAUAUUGGAGUAAAAAAAUGUUUAGCCGAAAUUCUUGAAGAAACACAUUUUUUAUCAAUUCCCGAAGUUCUCGAAAUUGACAUUAGUACGGAUGGAGCACAAUUAUAUAGAAAUGGAAAACAUAAUAUUUGGCCAAUUCAAUGCAGAAUUGCUAAUAUUCCAAAAUCUAUUCCAAAAACUAUAGGAAUAUAUAAAGGUUCAAAAAAACCUAAGAGUGCAGAAGAGUUUUUCCAAUAUUGUAACUCAGAUUUUCAUGAAAUUUUUAAUGAGGGUGGUAUCAUUUUUAAAGAUAAAAAAUUCUCAAUAAAACUGCGACGUUUUAUCGGAGAUGCACCAGCUAGAGCAUUUAUUUUAGGACAUAAGAGUCACCGUUCUUUUAAUCCAUGCUCAAAAUGUACAAUAAACGGAUUUAGUAUUGGAAGAUGUACGGUACUUAGAGGCAUUAAGCAUAGGCAACGUAUACAUGAAGAGUAUAGACAACAAAUUGAUGAGGAACAUCAUAAAUGUUCAAGUCCAUUAUCUCAUUUACCUUUUGAUAUGGUUAAAGAUGUUGUGUUUGAAUAUAUGCAUAUGUGUUGCCUAGGAGUUAUGAAAAAAUUAAUCGUGACAUGCAUACGUGGGGAUUAUACAAAAAACGCCAAAUUAUCGGGAAUCCAAAUUAAAAUUAUUUCAAAUCGAUUAAAGAUUCUCUCAAAACACUGUCCACGAGAAUUUGCACGCCGCGUUGAAUCACUUAAUGACUAUGAUCAAUUUAAAGCCACUCAAUGGCGUCAAAUUAUGUUAUAUAUUGGAAUAGUAUGCUUUAAAGAAGUUGUUAAGGAUUACAUAUAUGAUCAUUUUUUACUUUUCCAUACAUCCAUGCGCAUUCUUGUUUCAUCGGUAUGUAAUACGAAUAGAAAUCUAGUUUUUUCUGAAAUAGCAAUCGAAAAAUUUGUGUUACUCUGUGAAAACAUUUAUGGCUUAACUUUUUUAUCAUAUAAUAUACACGGAAUUUUCCAUUUGGUCGAAGAUGUACUCCGAUUUGGCUCUUUAGACAGUUAUUCAGCAUUUCCAUAUGAAAACAGCAUGCCUUUUUUCAGAAAAAUGUGUAGAAAACCACAUCUUUCCUUGCAGCAAAUUGCUGCAAGACAUGCAGAGAAAGAGCAGUGCAAAAAGAAAUUUAUUGUACAGAAUAAUUGUAUUAAAGUGUGGAAAAAACACGAGGAAGGUCCAUUACCUUUCGCUGACGCUGAUUCUAGAAUAUAUGAUCAAUAUAAAUUUUUGAAAACUCCGGAUAUGACAAUUGGUGUUUGUGCACGCGAUGAUUGUUGCAUUUUAUCAGAUUCAAGUAUAUGUUGCGUAAAAAAUAUUUUGCAUUAUGAAAAUGAUUAUUUUAUUGUUGUUAAAAAAUUUCAGCAAGUAGUAGAUUUUUUUCAAUAUUGGCAUUGGUUCAUCUUGUGUCGGUAUUUAUAAAUGCUCUGAAUUAGCUUAUAAUUAUGAUAUUAUCUUAAUAAAACCGCCCUCGUCUGGCUCUAGCGACUCCGGAGACGGUUCCGACGGCGAUACGAUAUUCGAAAAUAAGCAUAGUAUAAGUGAAACCAUGUCUAAUCAAAAUAUUUUUGCUACUCUAAAAUACAAUUUUUGGGACUAGCCGGAUAUUAUAGAAGAUUUAUACCUAAUUUUUCUAAAUUAGCUAAACCAUUAACAAACCUAUUAAAAAAUGAGGUACGAUUUGAAUGGAAAUCGGAUCAAGAAGAAUCAUUUGAAACGCUUAAACAAAAAUUAUGCGAAGAACCAGUCCUGCAAUAUCCUGAUUUUUCAAAACCUUUUGUUUUAACUACCGACGCUUCCGGAAUAGCAGUAGGAGGCAUAUUAUCUCAAGGAGAAAUAAAUAAAGAUUUACCGAUAGCAUACGCUUCGAGAACUCUAACCGACAACGAAUUAAAAUAUGAUACAUAUGAAAAGAAAGCUUUAGCAAUAAUUUAUUGCGUUAAACACUUCCGACCGUAUUUAUAUGGACGAAAAUUCACCUUAGUUACGGAUCAUAAACCUCUGGCUUGGUUUAAGAAUGCGCAAGACGCUAACAUGAGAAUACUCCGCUGGAGAUUGAAACUAGCAGAAUAUGAUUAUGACGUUGUUUACAAGGCAGGUAAAACCAACGUAAAUGCUGAUGCCUUAUCUAGAAAUCCCGUAAAUCUCGAGGAUGCAGAUUGCAAUGUGAUUAAACACAAUAAAUCUCUUAAUCCUAAUGAUCCAAAAGAUGCAGAAUUAAUUUCAAAAAUGUUAGAAGAAUCAGAUGAAGAAGAAGAGGACGAAAAUUUCGAGCUUUAUCUUUCAGACAACGAAGAAAUAGACGAGUGCGUGCCGGGCGAUUUAGCCGACGAGCACCACGAUUUGACAACGUCUGUACAUAAGAAAACGAGUGAAGCACUAAAAACUCAGGUCGAAACAGCUAUUAUACAUGACCCUCCUGACCAUAAUGGAAUACAGACACGAAGUUAAACAAAGAAUAAGAAUACUCAAUCACCAGAAGAAUUAAGAGAUUAUGAAGAGGAAAUUAGAGAAAUAAAAGAUAAAAAUGAUCCACCAGACAAAUCAAUCGAGAAAAAGGAAGACGAGAAAAUAAACAGCGAAGAUGAAAAA